AUGCUUUUCGGCUCCUUAGGACAACGUACAUAAAGCCCAUGAGUCCUACCUUUCUCCUCGUUCCUAUCUCCCCUUUCCCUCUUCCUAACCUCCUCUCUUUAUCUUACCUUGCUUUCUAAAUGCCUUCUGCCACCGAAUAUCCCUGUCCUUCCUUUGAAUUUGCGCUCUCUCAGGCAAAUUAUACUCUCAAGCUCCCCAACUACCGUUCUUCGCACCUCGGAAGAUACCACCCUUAUGGCAAGAGACAGCCGAAAGGAGGUUUUGAAGACCUCAUGGAAACUGUCGAUGAUGAUCGCAGUUGGAACUACGACAAUUUCUCAUCCCCGAGGUUCCCUCUGUCUGUGGUAUUGGAAGAAAACGAAGACGUCGCUAGCCUCCAUGUCGUUGUUCCUGCCAUGGAGGGUAGGCGUGCUGAUAUUGCAAGACGUAUCGGCCCCGUCGAAUUGAUCAUUGACUUUGCUCUGGCCAUGCGGCGCCAGUUUGAAAAAACGCGAGCCCGUAACUGUUGUUUAGUGUCUAGCGCUCAGAAGUGAGGCGCAUAGUACGAACAGUUGUUUCGAUCUAGUGCAUAGACAAUUUGAUUGCGUCUGGUUGUAAAUCGAGCCUGAUGGGAUAAUCAAGUUUUUUCUAGCUGUGU